UUCUUGUGCUUCUGGCCCACUGAGGGCGCAACAUUCUAUGGCGGCGAAUCCCAACUGCCUGUCAGGAGUGCUUUGAGAGAAGCAUUUGUUCAGCAAGAACGGUUGCGUACUACUCUUGGCUGCCUCUCUUUGGUGAGAGGCAAGCUGGUUGCUUUUCUAAGCUGGACUGUGGGGUGAAAGGUCUGGCUGGAUUGCUGGAAAGGGGCAAGCUGUGGCGGACGAGAGAGUUGGAGGAAGAAGUGCUCAGAUAUCCUUCAGCUCUGGUGUCAAAUUCGGGCACAGGGGUCUUUUACGUAUUCCGCAGGUUGCCGGUGCAGAUCUGCGCAGAUCGAGACUGCCACAAAGUGGCAAGAUCUGCUCAUCCUGACCAGAUCUGGAUUGCAGUCUGCUGAUUACCUCACCUGCCAGGUGCAAAGGCCAACCAGGAUGGGAUUUUCCUGUUUGCCAGUAGGCGGAGCACAACUAGCAACCACGUGAAGUUGAAGUCCAAAGCCUGAGCACCAACUCGCAGGAUGUCGUCCACGAUGGCGCUUCUUGAAAGGGCGAGCAUUCCGCUAGGGAAAGGUCUGCUUGGCCCCCCGUAUGUCCAGCUGCCAAAGCUGCACUCGGGGCACUGCGGGAAAGCAACCAUUCUCAGGGGAUCUAUAACCCAGCCGUUCGGCGAGGGUCCCAAUGCCGCAGUUGCAGAUCACAGGAGGGAGCCGACUGCAAAUCUUGCGUUUGCAUUUUCUGUGCUGCUCAGCGGCCCAGACAGACAAAGCAAGAAGCAGAAACGUGCUCGGGGACAGAAGCAGGUGUGCCACGCCCGUGCAAAUGAGCACCCAAGCUUGGGCAGUUUGCAGCACUGGGCGAGGCGGCGGAGGGCUACGCCUUUGCAACCGAGGAGCGAGGUUGAGGAAUGGGGGUGGGGAUCUGGUUCUGAUAGGUUGGACACGGCAAGCCAUGUGACUCUGGCGACAGGGACUCCGACCCCGUCACUUCCUUUUGCUAGUGCAAGGCCCAGAAUUUUCGAGGAAGUGCCAGCCUCAGCCCGUCAAAUGAAGAUGAAUUGCGUGCCCCCUCUUCGCGACAUUCCCCCACAAAGAGAUACAGGGAUUGCGAGCGAGCAGGAAUGGAGCAUCGACCUAGUGAACGUAAAAUGGGGCCGGGAGACAGGAAUCAACGAGGACGGGAGCACGUGGUGGAAAGAAAGCGGGGAAGAUUUGGGAGAAAACGGGUUCCGGAGUCGGUGGACAGUCAUGGGGGGCAGGAACAAGGACGGGACUUCAGAGUGGAAGGAGACGUGGUGGGAGAAGAGCGAUUGGACCGGGUACCGGGAGUUGGGCGCCGAGAAGUCGGGACGAAAUGCGCCGGGGGACAGCUGGUGGGAGACGUGGCAGGAGGUCUUUAGACAAGACGAAUGGAGUGGGUUGACGCGGAUAGAAAAGAGCGCCCACAAGCAGGCCAAGUCCAAGUCGGGAGGGGUGUGGAACGAGAAGUGGUGGGAGAAGUACAACGCCAAGGGCUGGACCGAGAAGGGCGCGCACAAGUACGGCAAGCUGAACGACCAGGCGUGGUGGGAGAAGUGGGGUGAACAAUACGAUGGCCGGGGCGCAGUCGUCAAGUGGACGGACAAGUGGGCGGAGAGCUCGAUGGGGACGCGGUGGGGCGACAAGUGGGAGGAGCGCUUUGACCGGGGGAAGGGCAUGCGCAACGGGGAGACGUGGCACGUCAAGGAGAACGGCGAGCGGUGGAACCGCACAUGGGGCGAGCGGCACGACGGGUCCGGCCUCGUGCAGAAGUUUGGGCGGAGCUCCUCCGGGGAAUCGUGGGACAUCGAACAGGAGGAGAACACGUACUACGACGCACAGCCGCACUACGGCUGGGCCGAAGCGGUGGCAAAUUCUUUGCAGCUGCUGGCCAUCGAGAUCAGGCCAAAGCCCCCGGCAGGCCCCCCGAGCGCCCCGGGGGAGCCAUCGUCCAGCGGGGCACCGAGCGCGGCUUCCGACGAGUCGGGGUUGACGUCAGAGUCGGGGGUGACGUCAUCAGAGGGGGCGGAGAGCGUCUCGUCGCAGGGUAGCCAGGGCUCUUCCGAAACGCCCACGUCUUCGAACGCUCCGCCCUCAACGGAGCCACCCCCUCCCCCGGGCACGUAGAUUCACCCCCCGGUUGCGCUGUACAUUUGAUCGCUAAGCAACCGGCAAAUUCAUGGGCUAGGGUAGGGUCGCUUCCGCAGAGCGCGGCAGCGCAUGUUUCGGGGCGGUCGCUGCUUGCAAAGCCGAGACGCAUUGUCUCAUGUGCUAGCAGUCUAGGACAGAGCAGUCCUGUCGAGCCCGUCGUUUUGUCAGUCAGGUCUCCAAACGUGCUAAGUGGGAGCUCGAGCAGCCCCUUCAUCAAUUCGACGUCAGUGCUUGUUGACCCUUUUAUUAGCGUAGACUGAUUGGCGAUGUCGUAGCAUUGAGAGCUGUUCUUUGGUGACCACUUCUCGCGGGAACUCUGCAGAUGAAAGAAAAGCCUAGGCUCCAAGGCUUAUAAUGGAAACUCUGCAAGAUCCGAGUUCUACUCGAAUGGAACAAAAAGUUGCCACGCAUUGAGUACCUAGUCAAAUCAUCGAUUCGGAUUUCGAGAUCGAUCUGCAUAAUGAUCCUAGAAAACACGUG